CUACAUCAAAAUGCAUGAGCUUUGUGCCAGCUGUGCCAUCCUGCUUCAUCUGUACGUAUAUACGAAUUAUAUAUAUACACACACACUCCAAUAAACAGAAACAGGCUUUGCCACUAACAAAACGCUUUGUGCUCUGCUUCUGCAAAAAGCUGAGUUUAGAGAGAGCUUAGAGAGAAAGGGGAAAUGGAGGGGAAAGAGGAGGAUGUGAAGCUGGGAGCGAACAAGUUCUCAGAGAGGAUGCCGCUGGGAACCUCGGCGCAGGGGAAGGACUACAAGGAGGCGCCGCCGGCGCCGCUGUUCGAGCCGGGGGAGCUCCACUCGUGGUCGUUCUGGAGGGCCGGAAUUGCAGAGUUCAUCGCCACCUUCUUGUUCCUCUACAUCACUGUCUUGACUGUCAUGGGGUACUCCAGAUCUAGCAGCAAGUGCAACAGCGUUGGCGUUCAGGGCAUUGCUUGGGCCUUCGGUGGUAUGAUCUUUGCCCUCGUUUACUGCACCGCUGGCAUCUCAGGUGGACACAUAAACCCAGCAGUGACAUUUGGGUUGUUUCUGGCAAGAAAACUGUCUCUAACAAGGGCAGUAUUCUACAUUGUGAUGCAAUGCCUGGGAGCAAUAUGUGGAGCAGGAGUUGUGAAGGGGUUCCAGCCAUCACUCUUUGAAGUAAAGGGUGGAGGCGCAAAUGUAGUGGCUCAUGGUUACAGCAAGGGGGACGGCCUUGGUGCUGAAAUAGUCGGCACCUUCGUCCUCGUCUACACCGUCUUCUCUGCCACAGAUGCCAAGAGAAAUGCCCGUGACUCUCACGUCCCUAUAUUGGCUCCUCUCCCAAUUGGAUUUGCAGUUUUCUUGGUUCACUUGGCCACCAUCCCCAUCACUGGAACUGGCAUCAAUCCUGCCCGCAGUCUUGGUGCUGCCAUUAUCUACAACAAGGAUCAUGCUUGGGAUGACCAUUGGAUAUUCUGGGUCGGACCUUUCAUCGGAGCUGCUCUUGCGGCACUGUACCACCAAGUUGUGAUCAGAGCCAUCCCAUUCAAGAGUGGAAGCUAAAGACUCUUCUUCCCUUAUGGUGGCCUUCAAUUAAUUUCUGUGCUGUUGAAAUUAGCCUUGUGUGCGGAUAUUGUUAAUUAAUUAAUUAGUUGAUUCAAGAAUUUUUAACGAAGAUGCGCAUUGUGUGAAAACAAGACUGCUCUGUAAUUAUUGGUACCAUGAGUAUAUUGAUUUCGUGUUUGGCUUAUCUGCAUUAGGUUUUUAAUACACUUACCUUUCUCGGUAAGUUCCCUUACUAGUUGGAAGCCUUUGUGUCACUAGGGUAACUCCCUUACCUAUGGUAGUUAGACGCAAAUUAUACCGUGGGAUCAUCCCACAGUGAGCA